AUCGAGAGAGAAAGAGAGACAAUUAGAACUCAUUUGAAAUAGUGGAAAAUACGUGAGAAGAAGUCAUCGUUCUCUAUUUAAUCUUCUUCGUAUUUCCGUUCGCGUCAGAUAACGAUUAUUAUUACCGUGUUGUAAAAAAAAGAAGAUGGAUCGACGAUGCCGGUACUUCGAAUAUCUGACAAAAAAGAAAAAUUAAUAGUUUCGUAGUUCGAUAAAGCGACUAUUGUCGGGCCAGUUUGUAUAUAAAAAGAAUAUUUCUCUUUUUUCUUUAAUUAAAAUAAUAGAAAUAUUCUCUGUAUUAUAAAACACACAUAUUGCUUGCUAUAGAAUUUAUCCAGGAGGUUUAUAUGGUUUUUUUUUUAUUACCACAUGGAAGAGCGCAUGCGCUACUACUAGAACGAAAGAAAGAAAGAAAGAAAGAGAGAGAGCGAGAAAGAAAGAAAGAAAGAGGGAAAGAGAAAGAGAGAUAGAAAAAGGGGAAAGAGAAAGAGAGCAACGAUGUUCGACAGUGCGGCUCCAGCAUCGGACGCGGCAGCCACACUUCUUGUUUCUUCUACAUUUCAGUUUUGUUCGCAGCCUUGUACAGUGAAGAAAGGGACAACGUUCUACUUCUACAUUUUUGGGACUUCAUUAGCACGAAGAGGAAAACAAAUCAUCAAUCCUCAUGGAUCCGAUCGGUGACAUCAUUCAACUACUCUAAUCUUCGAAAAUAAAGAAAAAGUUAAUUUUGAAGUGAAUCGAAACAAUGAUCAACAGUUUUAAUGGUGCGUAAAACAUCGCGAUUCGUAUUUUGGUGCAUCUGUGCUAUCCUGUGAUCGACAUCGGACGAAUUAAAAAAAAAGACUGAAGGAAUAUUUUGAAGAUUUGAAAAAAAAGGAAUGAAAAUGUACGGAAGUUUUUUGAAUUUUGUUUUAUUCAUUGGCACCACGUGCUUCGUGGUAUUGGCUGAUCCUGAUCCAUCCGACGAAUUGUAUACCCGGUGGCCACCGACCAAUCGUGACGAAGAUAAAUGUUAUGAUCCUGAAGGGAAACCACAGAGAUGUAUACCACCCUUCGAAAACGCUGCAUUCAACGUGCAAAUGGAAGUAACGAACACGUGCGGAGAGGAACGACCAACUGAAUUUUGCAAGCAAACUGGAAUUCAAAGGCACUAUUGCGAGAUUUGUCGAUACGGUGAUCAUCCAGCUUCUUUUCUUACCGAUCAUGAUAAUAACGACAAUGCGACUUGGUGGCAAUCGGAGACUAUGUUCGAGGGCAUCGAAUAUCCUAAUCAAGUUAUCUUGACUCUACCAUUAGGUAAAACGUUCGAUAUAACAUACGUUAGAGUACUGUUUGAAUCACCACGUCCAGAGAGUUGGGGUAUACAUAAAAGGAAAAACGAAAACUCACCUUGGCAGCCUUAUCAAUAUUAUUCGGCUACUUGCAGAGACACUUACGAACUUCCAGAUUCUAAAGAAACUGUACGCGGUGACGACACGAGAGUUCUUUGUACGUCCGAGUAUUCAGACAUUUCGCCCUUAUCGAAAGGGACAGUAGCUUUUUCUACUUUGGAAGGACGUCCCUCGGCAUAUUAUUUUGAAACCAAUCCAGCAUUACAGGAAUGGGUACAAGCGACUGAUAUAAGAAUCAUCUUGGAUAGAUUAAACACGUUCGGUGAUGAGAUGUUCGGUGAUGAUCAGGUUUUAAAAUCUUAUUAUUAUGCGAUUGCCGAUGUUGCAGUUGGUGCACGUUGUGCUUGCAAUGGUCAUGCUGGACAAUGUGUUAACAGUACAAGCGUUGAUGGUAGAACACGAAGAGUUUGUAGAUGCGAGCAUAACACCGCUGGUCCAGAUUGUAACGAAUGUUUACCAUUUUAUAACGAUGCACCUUGGGGUCGUGCUACGACUACUGACGCUCACGAAUGUAAACCUUGCAACUGUAACGGAUAUUCCGAGAGGUGUUAUUUUGACAAAGAGUUGUAUAAGGUAACCGGUCACGGCGGUCAUUGUUUAGACUGCAGAGCUAACCGAGAUGGUGCUAACUGCGAAAGAUGUCGGGAAAAUUUUUAUCAACGUCCGGAAGAUAAUUACUGCAUAGCUUGCAACUGCAACGAAAUCGGUUCGAGAAGUUUACAAUGUAACAGCGAAGGUAAAUGUCAAUGCAAGCCAGGUGUAACAGGCGAUAAGUGCGAUCGUUGUGCCGCUAAUUUCUACAAUUUUGGAUCCCUUGGUUGUACAUCUUGCGAAUGUAAUGUACCAGGUUCGCAAGCAAAUACACCUAACUGUGACCCAUCUACUGGAGUUUGCGUAUGCAAAGAAAAUGUUGAAGGAAAACGUUGUCGAGAAUGUCGACCAGGUUUCUUUAAUCUAGCUCUGGAAAAUGAAUUUGGUUGUACUCCAUGUUUCUGUUAUGGUCAUUCGUCCAUAUGUAUGCCUGCUGCUGGUUACUCGAAAGUCGUUAUUGAGAGUAUGUUUGUCAGAGGAAACGAACGUUGGUCAGCUACCGUAGCAGGAAACCCAAUACCCGUUCAUUAUGAUCCUUUAACACAAACGAUUUACGCAACUGCGUUAGAUCGUGACAAUGUUUACUUCAUUGCACCUGACAGAUUUCUCGGAGAUCAAAGAGCGUCGUACAAUCAAGAUUUAUCGUUCUCUUUAAGGAUAGGAGAGGCAGGCCCUGCCCCAACUGCACACGACGUAAUAUUAGAAGGUGGAAACGGUGAACAAAUAACGCAACCGAUAUUCGGUCAAAAAAAUCGUAUGCCAACAGUCACGGCACAAGAAUAUAGAUUCAGAUUACACGAGCACAGCGAGUAUGGCUGGCAACCAAGAUUAUCUGCCAAAGCGUUCAUGUCAAUUCUCUCCAACUUGACCGCUAUAAAAAUACGUGGAACUUACACGCAUCAAGGUAGAGGUUUCCUCGACGACGUUAAGUUGGAAACCGCACUUCGCGGUGCUGCCGGCGAAUCUGCUGAUUGGGUUGAGCACUGUAAUUGUCCUCACGGUUACGUAGGACAAUUUUGCGAAUCUUGCGCACCCGGUUUUCAUCAUGACCCACCAAACGGUGGUCCAUUCGCUCUUUGCGUUCCAUGUAAUUGUAACGGGCAUGCAGAUAUUUGCGAAGCCGAAACGGGUGAAUGUAUUUGUACACAUAAUACUGCUGGAAGUAAUUGUGAGUUGUGUAGUCGUGGAUAUUAUGGGUAUCCCUUAAAAGGCACUCCUAACGAUUGCAAGCCAUGCCCGUGUCCUGAUAACGGUCCUUGCAUUCUUCUUGGUAAUAAUCCCGAUCCGAUUUGUUCUGAAUGUCCAAUAGGAAGAACAGGGCCAAGAUGUGAAACUUGUUCAGAUGGUUACUUUGGUAAUCCCGAGAAAGGAAUAGCUUGUCGACCUUGUGAUUGUAAUAAUAACAUUGAUUUAAAUGCAGUAAGAAAUUGUAAUCAUGAAACUGGAGAAUGUUUGAAGUGUGUCAAUAACACUGCUGGCUUCCAUUGCGAAGAAUGUCUUUCGGGUUAUUAUGGAGAUGCUUUGUCUGAUAAUAGAGAAGAUGGAUGCAAAUUGUGUCAGUGUUAUCCACCAGGUACAGUUGAACUCGAAGAUGGAAGAGUUGCUCCUUGCGAUCAACUUGUAGGUCAUUGUCUCUGUAAGCCUCAUGUAAUAGGACGUAAUUGUGAUAAAUGCGAGGACGGAUAUUAUCAUAUAUUGAGUGGCGAGGGAUGUACACCUUGCAAUUGCGAUUCAGAGGGAUCUUAUAAUCGAACUUGUAAUGCUGUUAGUGGUCAAUGCCAAUGUAGACCUGGAAUAACUGGCCAACGUUGCGAUACUUGUUUACCAUAUCAGUUUGGUUUUAGCAGGGAAGGCUGUAAACCUUGCGAUUGCGACAGAAUUGGAUCACAAGAUCUUCAGUGUGAUGCCAGUGGACAAUGUCCCUGCCUUACAAACGUAGAAGGAAGACGUUGCGAUCGGUGUAAGGAAAAUAAAUACAACAGACAAAAUGGUUGCGUCGAUUGUCCUGAUUGUUAUAAUCUAGUUAAAUCUGCUGUCGAUAGACAUAGACAACGUUUAUCGGAAUUAGAAAAUACCCUUAAAAAGAUUAAUAGUAGCCCGACCGUCAUAAAAGAUUCAGAAUUUGAAAAUGAAUUGAAAAAUGUUCAGAACAAAGUGAAGCAUUUGUUGAACAUCGCCAAACAAGAAUCUGGAAGUGGAAACAAAACACUCUCCGAGCAACUAGAUGAAUUGCAUAGCCAAUUAACUGAAAUAGGUCUUAUUUCGCAAGCAGUUAAUUUAACAGUUGCUGAAACGCAUAAGACUGCUACUGAAGGAUCGACAAAUGUUAAUACAGCGGAGAUUGUAUUAGAUAAAAUACAUGAUCAGUUAACUGAAGCAGAAGAUUAUUUAGCUACAGACGGAGCAACGGCGUUAACAGAAGCUAAAUUACGUGCCGAUCAAGUUGGUCAACAGAAUCAACAAAUGACAGACAUUGCACACGAAGCACGUAUCCUAGCCGAUUUUAAUACCAACGAAGCUAAGAAAAUUCAUAUGCUGGCCGAGCAAGCUCGAAAUACAUCCUUGGAAGCUUAUAAUCUUGCCAAAAAAGCGAUAGCUAAAAAUUCCAACAUGACGGAUGUUUUAAGAGAAUUAGAAAACAAAUUAGAUAUGUUGGAAGAUCGUAUGAACGAAGUAAAGAAUCUUACAGCAGUUGCAAACGCUAAAUCAUCUGCAGUUUCUCAGGAAGCAUUAGGUUUAUCUGUGUUAUAUUUUUCUCUUCCUUCCGUUGAUGUUGACUCGCUUCAAAAACAAGUUGAUAUUGUUAACAACGAAGGAUUACGGUUAAAAGAACAAGCGCAAUUAAUAUUACAACAAAAUGAGGAUUAUAUUAAAGAAAUGACUGACAAAGUACGAAAGAGCGAACAAUUGUUAGAUAAAGCACAAGAUCAACAAGCAGCUACUGCAGAAUUACUAGCAGAAUUGGACGGUGCUAACGAAAAAGCAAAUGAUGCUGUCGAACGCGGUGAUCAAACGUUAAAAGAAGCGCAAGAGACUUUAAAAAAAUUAGGAGAAUUUGACGACGAGGUGCAACGCGAACGUAUAAAAGCUCAAGAUGCAUUGAAGAGCACUGAAGAAAUUGAGAAAAUGAUUAAAGUUGCGAUAGAAAAAAUAAACCAACUUGAGGAUGUAUUAAAAGGAUCUGAAAAUAAUGCGAUAAAUGCGCACCAAAAAGCACAAAAUGCACAGACGUAUGCAGAAAAAGCUAGCGAAAAUGCUGACAAUAUUAGAACACAAGCAAAUGCAAUUAAAUUAGAUGCAUUGCGUUUAGGCAAAGAAGCAGAAACAUUACAUCUCAGAGUUAAUACUACAGAUUCUCUAAUGAAAAAUUAUGAAAUUCAAAUUGGAAAAGAUUCGAAUAUUACUACAGAGGCUAAUCACAAAGUUGGACAAGCCAAAAACAAAGUAGGUUUAACUUCAACGUAUGUCGACAAAGCAUUGUCAGACAUAGCCGAAAUCAUGAAAGAGCUUCAAGAUCUUCCUGAAAUAGAUGAUAAUAGUUUAAAUAAUUUGGAAGAACGUUUAGCAGCGGCAGAGAAAGAAAUAAAAGCUGCUAAUUUAGAUCAGAGAAUUAGGUUAUUAACUGAUGCAAAGAAUACGCAAACCCAAUGGGUUAAAAAUUAUGAAGACGAAGUCAGUAGAUUAAGAAUAGAAGUUGAAAAUAUUGAUGACAUAAGAAAAGCUUUGCCUACAAAUUGUUACAAACGUGUACGUUUAGAGCCAUAAGUAAGUAUGUAAUAUAUACUUGAAGAGGCACUAUUUGAGUAUACAAACAAUUCCUGAAUUUGAUUAUUCUACAACAGGAUUUCUCAAACUUUUCCACGUGACGACCUCUUUUAGCUGAAUAAAUAUUCUAUACUAUCAUAAACUCACAGACAUAUUAUGUAUUUAGUGUUUCCAAAAUGGUUUUGAAUUAAUUUUUGAUUAUUGCAAUUCUGAGGGAAAGAAUUUUUUAAUUUUGCUCAAAUUUCUGCAACUUCCAAAUUUUUUUGCGCAACCCCGUACAGGGUCACAAACCUACACUUUGAGAAAUUCUGUUUUGAGGAAUAUAUAUGAUAAAGAGUUAUCGUAUUGUCUAGAUAUUCUCUAAACGAACAACUUUCAAGCUUUCAUAUACGUCAAAAAGGUGCCUUAAUUAAAUUCACAUAAGUGUAGCAUAAUGAAUAAAAAAAUAGAUUCAAUGUGAAAUGUCAUAUAAUAUUAUGUGACAACGCAUAAUACUUUUAAUAUAUUGCACACUUAUGAUAUCUACGAGCUAUUAAAGUCGUAUAAUAUAAUUUUAUUUAAUAUGCGAUUAUUUUUUUUUUAAGAGAAAGUUUUUCCAUUACUUCUUUUUAUUAUUAUUUGUUAAUACAUAUUUGCUAUCGCUAAAAGCAAAUGAUUGCAAUAAUAAACAUUACACCAAAGAUUUCUUUAUAGUUUAUACAAUAUGUCCAACUAGGAUCUUCAAAUCUUUUUUAAUUUUAUAUAACUUCAUUAUAUACAUUAACAUAAAUCGUUAUCAAUUUUAUAUACAAAGUAUAAUCUAUUCGUAGUCUUACAUUAUAAAAUUUAUCUCAAAUUAUUAGGAAAAUUAAAUGCUAAGAUGUUAAAUCGAAA